GGCUGGAGCGGAGAGAAGCCUCACGAGCGUCUCUGAGGGCGAGUCGCGAAGAGAAGGGCGAGCGUGUUUUUGUGUGGAAUCUUGCCCCCGCGGGGCACCCGUCGCCGGGGCGCAGGCGGCGAUGGCUUCCCACCCGCGCGCGAGGCGCAACGGCUCCCCAACGGCCGCCGCCUCCCUGGGGGGAGGGGGAGCCGCGGCGGUAGCGGCGACGCCGGGCGGGGCGGCGGCGGCCGUGGCGGCGGCGGGGGGCAACAGCGGCCGCCUCCAGCCCAUGCGGGCCACGGUGCCUUUUCAGCUCAAGCAGCACGGCAGCCCCACCAGGAACGGCGCCGGAGGAGGAGUCCCGCGCGCGGCGGCGACGGCGCCCCCGCCUUCCUCGCGCCCCGCCAGCCCCACGCGCCCGCCUUUGGGCAACGGCAGCAGCCCCGCCGUAGCCACGCAGACGCCCGCUGGGGUGACCGCCUCGGCCUCCUCCUCGUCGUCACCCUCGGCGCCUUCGACGCGCGGCAGCCCGCCUCGAGCCCCCCACCAGCUGCCCCCGCCGCCCGGGGCCGCGUCGACCCCUUCGCCUUGCGCCUCGCCUGUCUCGCCGCCCCUGCCCGAGAGCAGCGCCUGCGCCGCCGCCGCCGCCGCCUCCUCCUCGGGGGGAAGGGUCCGGCAUCGCCAAAGGCGGCGGUCCCCGGAGCAGGGCCGGGCCUCCCCCGAGCGGAAGAGCCCCAGUUCCCCCGGCUGUAAAGUUGACAAACAACGGCCGCCAUCAUCAAGCCCUUCCACUGUUUCUCGUCGCACGCCUUCUCUAGACAUACUAGCUGCUCCUUACCUUGCUGGACAAUGGCCUCGUGAAAAUCACGGACAAGCGGCACCUUGCAUGAGAGACAAAGCGACACAAACUGAGAGUGCUUGGGCUGAAGAGUAUUUGGAAAAGAAGAAAGGUUCUCAUAAGCGCUCAGCAUCUUGGGGCAGCACAGAUCAACUCAAAGAGAUUGCCAAGCUACGGCAACAGCUGCAGAGGAGCAAGCACAGCAGCAGGCACCAUCGCGAGAAAGAGCGGCAGUCUCCGUUCCAUGGCAAUCAUGCAGCCAUUAACCAAUGCCAGGCUCCUGUCCCAAAGAGUGUGCUAGUCCCUGUGAUACCAAUCGCCAAGUCAACAGGCUCUCGUUUCCGCAACAGCAUAGAGGGACUUAAUCAAGAGAUUGAAAUAAUCAUAAAGGAGACAGGAGAGAAGGAAGAACAGUUAAUUCCGCAGGAUAUUCCAGAUGGGCAUCGAGCUCCACCUCCUCUGGUGCAGCGCAGCAGCAGUACCCGAAGCAUCGAUACUCAGACUCCCGGUGGAGCCGAGAAGGGCAGUAACAACAGCAGCCGGUCCCAGUCCGUAUCCCCUAGCUCUUUUCUUGCCAUCUCCAAUGAGGGCAGUGAGGAGAGCCCGUGCUCUGCCGAUGACCUGCUCGUGGAUUCAAGAGAUAAAGAGAAUGGAAACAACUCCCCACUGCCCAAAUACGCCACAUCACCAAAACCCAACAACAGCUACAUGUUCAAACGUGAACCUCCUGAAGGCUGUGAGAAGGUGAAAGUGUUUGAGGAAAGCUUGCCAAAACCUUUACACGAAAUUCCGCCUUUUUAUUGUCCUGACAAGAACAAAGUAAACUUCAUUCCCAAAAGUGGUUCUGCUUUCUGCCUUGUCAGCAUCCUCAAGCCCCUUCUUCCCACCCAAGAUCUCACUCUCAAGGGUGCUAGUCACAAUCUGACCGUCACAUCUGCAAUGACGCCCGCUUUGCUGCAGCCAAUUGCCAUGGCUUCCCUGUCUGCAGGUGCAGACCAAGACCGGCUUUCUCGUGGCCCCAGUAAAGUUAUACCACAGAUGUCUGUGUUCCAGCCGUCAGGACAUAGUGAAGAAGCUGAAGGAUAACUUCCAUUGUUACCUUCUGGGGAAAACCUUUUUAACGUUAAUCAUGUUUAAGCCUUCCUAUUCGCAUCUGUUUGCAUCAUAAUUGCUGGCAAUUCCAUAAACUGCUAAACAGAUCAUGCUAGUAUUUGGAUCUCCAUCACUGAUCUCUCAGAAAGAAAGAUGGCCACAUUUGACUUGCGAAGGCUUAAGAUCAACCAUGGUCUGCUUUGGUACUAUGAAGAAGGAAGACACCGUCAUUCUAUACAAUUGGAAGGACCAAUUUUUCUGAUGCUUUGUGUCCCAAUUUGAACUCUUCCUUUUUUUUCUAAAAAAAAUUAAAAUCAAGAAGUCUGACAUUCCAGUUGUUCCCAGUGAAAUAUCGAAGGGAUAACAAGCAAAUGACACUCUACGAGUUUGUACAAAAAACAAUGUAUUUUCAAAUCUUGUGUUUUCUGAUGCACACAGAGAACAGGCCUUUCCCUCACUUAUGGCCACAUCAUUCCCGCUGUUGGGACCGAAGGAUUGAAACUUUUCAGCAGUCUUGUCACGUGUCCAUGUUUUUAUUCCUUCUCCCAAAUAAGUAUAAUAUUCUUCAGACUAAAAAAGGAAAGCAAUAUUGGCGCAUAAUGUGCAUUUGGGGGUGGUGGGUGGGACAGAGGGAAGCGGAUUGGCACUCGCCAUAGAACUGUUUAUCUGGGAAUAGCGUUUUAGAGCACUUUGGGCCAAUGGUGUACCGGGUUGUUCCUCGUGUUGUGUUUCAGAGCAAUUCACCCUUCUCUCCCCCUCGCCCCCAAAAUGCCAAUUGACCGUCACAUCAGUGCCUCUUGGGAUGUCUUGGUUCCUUGUGUCGUUGUCAAAGUCUUGCCUCACCUUUGGCCCAUACCUGAGCUCAUCAUGUCUUGCCACUGUACAGUAUAGGCUCUAGUCAUAUGACCUUGAAAUCGGCUGUGCAUGUUUCUUCCUGCUUGUCCAAGUACUGUUUUGUGGGUCUGAUGAGGGUAAUAGUUUGCAAGGCAUGAUAUGUGUUAAAGCAGUUUAUCGUCAGUGGACAUAGUCUCCUUUUGGACUAGCAACAUUGUUAGUGUUGAGCUAAGAACCUUGUGGUCUUCAGAUAUUUCCCACUUCAUUUCUUUUAUGUAUGUGUUUUAGUUAUUGUGUCUUAGUCAAGAAACAGGAAGGAAUUUCUGUUGCUGAGUUGGCCUGUGAACAGCAGUGAACUUUCCUGGAUGCAAAACUGUACUUUCCUAAAUUUCAGUAGUCCAGCCUGAACUAGCACAGUUCCAGUUGCUAUUUCUGAAAUCUGUCCAAAGUAGGCAACCCCUGUGAGAAGGGCUCAGUUGUGUAAAAAGCAUAUGUGAUCAAUUGAUUAAAAUUAUUUGGAGCCAACUGUGCACUUAAAAGAGAAAAAGUGAUCUUUAAAAAGCAAGAGCCUUGAGGUGCAUUAAAGGCUAACAUGAGUUUGUGACAUGUUCUGGAUUAGCAGCCAUGAUGAAUGACGGGGAAGUAUCAUUUUGCCACUGGUUGGAAUUGAGUCAUGCCCAGCCAGAUUGGACUUUACGCUUGCAGUACUGUGGCAAACCAGCCACUUCCUCCUGUCUGGUUGGUCUUUUGGCUUCACUUUAUGUAGAAAUCUUUCCACCCCUUUCUGUUCUCAGGGUGCAUAUAUCUUAAACAACAUUUUCAUGUGCCUCUCCUGUGGAAUUCAUUUCUUGAAAAGCAGCUGUGUUGAACACCACUCCCAAACAUUUUGAGGGGGAGGGGCUGUUUUCAGGUGCUAACUUUGGGAGAGCAAGGUGGAUCAUCCUAGUCUGUGGAUGGACCUGCUGGCACAUCCAAUUACAGGAUCCCUUGCUGCAAAAAAAAAAAAAUUGUGAGGACAGAUUUCUUUAAGAGUAGUGGUUCCCCACUUAUAAUUUGCACUCAGUUUAAAGUACAAUAUAAUCUGCAUGAGAAAACAGUGUAAGAAAAACCAGGUAGACCUUGUUGUGGGUUAUCGGAUGUAGUUAACUUCUGUGAUUGCAUGUCAGCUUUCUAAUGAAACUUAAUGUUCUCGUACUUGGCUUUGUGAAGUCUGGAAAGAUGGACUACUUUUGUCCAAGGAGGGUGCUUGUAUUUCGCUUAAGCCCGGUUUUACUUCUUUGAUAAACAGAUUCUUGGUUGCAGAUUGUAGGAUGGUUCUCCGGAGAUUUUUUCAUAAGAGUACCUUCCAGCCAAAGUACUAUUUUUAAUCAUAUUUACAACGUAUAUCUCAGAAAACCCUUCAAAGCCUAAGAUUCAUUGUUUUCAUUAAUCACCUCAAGAAAUAGUAUAGCAUCUUCCAUGCAAAACAACUUUGACUUCUCAUUGUCCCUGGCUUCAUUUAUGCAGGAAUAGGUCUGGCGUGUUUUCCUGGUGCCUUCCUGCUCCUUGAACCUUGGCAAUAAAAUGCAAUCGGUUUUGCAUGAAACCAGGGCACUUUGGAUCACUAAGCUGACUUGGGAAGCAGUGAGCUCGUUCCAGAAGCACACGUCACAAGCUGAUGUGCUCUUGACUUGGCCAUACAUGCAGCAUUUCUUAAAUCUUCAGCUCAGAAUCCUCUCCCUGCAGUUGUGCAGGGAGCAAACUCUCCCCACUCUUUGACAACUGAGACCAAACAGGAUCUCUUGCUAUAAGCAAAGGGCUGAUCCUGGCUUUCCUCCCCUUUGGUGCAGGAGAUGCUUUAGAAGAGCCUAGGAGGCAAUGCCUUUGCAUCUUCUGGGAGAUCCUCCUUUGAAGGACGCUUGACUGGCAACUUUCCAACAUUUCAUGAUUGGCAGCAUUUCUGUUUCACUACCGUUUCUCAUCCCAGAGUAGUCAAAGUCUGAAUAAAUGCUGGAGACCACUGCACUAGAAAAAGGACGGGGCACCACAUGGCCUUCAAGGUCUUUCAGGCCAGCCCACAGGUGCCUCUUAGAAAGGUAACAUUCCAUCUUUCACUAAACCAGCAAUAUGUAGUCCUCUUGGUUACAAUAAUUUGAGAGUGUUGAGGAAUGCCAGGCAGGUGUUGUCUGGUUGGUACAUUUCCACUUGAAGCUGUGAGGUCGCUCAUCCAGCAUGCACCCGUAAGGUUGGGGUAGCAGCCCAUGGCAAUACGCAGCGCUUAAAUGGUUGAUAAGAUUCCUUAAGCUGGUCUUUGUGCUGAGCUGCCUGGUUCAGCUUUGCCCCUCGCUGACACUGCAGCAGCUGAAACAGAGGCUUUUAGGGAGUAAGGACAAAAUUCAAGAGAUCUCCCAGAAGCAUGAAAAUGCAGCCAGCUUAGCUAGUUAAAAAAAUGAGGAUAGUAUUCCCUCUCAUUCCCUGGGUUUGCCAGCAUUUAUGCUAUCCUAAGUAUGACUGAGUUGUCAAUUGAGGGUUGGGGGUCAGGGUGAAAAAAAAAAAACCUCAAACACACAUUGCCUUUCCUCCUUCUAGAAUAGGAGUGUGUAUUUUUCUUGGAUGAACGCAGUGACUUCCCCAGUCCCCAAGAUACAAAUUGCACUUGAAUGCGUAACAACAAAAUCCUCUCUAAUUUCCCAGCUUCCAAGCUGAGAUGUGCAAGAAACAAAAUGGAUGCCUUGUCACCUUCCUUUCUCUUCCAGUAAAGCUCCUGGGCUAGGGAGGGAGGGGAUUUAUGUUCAAUAUCUGACCUGCCAGGAGCUGAGGAGCCGAGAAAAGAAGGUCACUGAGCCGCGGUCAGAAAGGGAAGGGAGCAAAUUCAUGGCUGCGUGUCUGCAAACCUCCAGGAGGUGUUUCCCUGCUCUGCCACGCCAGGUGCUUCUGACUCCGCUAUUGUUCCUUUUUGGUAUGGAGGUCAAGAGAAGGCAGCAGAGAAUGCAAAUGGUGUCAGGGGAUUAGUUGGUUCAGAAUGGGAGGGUGGUAAUUAUGUGAGAACGGACCAUUGGAUACUUACCGGAAAGGGUCCUUCUCCUGGGGGAUAGUAGGCCAUCUUGGAUCAGUGAUUUCGCACCCCAGUCUCAGGAGGCAGGAACUAGUUAAUUUAACUUCCUGUCUGGUCGUUACCCUCCAUUUUGAGCCAGUAUUUUGACUAACAAUGCUAUAACACAAAGAAGAACUUGAAACAGUAAACCACAAUCAACAUUAGGAUAACAAGGCAACAAAAAGACAUGGGUAUCUAAGCCCUAACUUAAUCUAACUGGUUUUGUUCCGAACCAGAUGUUACCUGGAAGUUGUUGUAUGCAUAAGAGUGGGAACACAUUUUUGACCAUAUGCCAUGGGAGGGCCAAGAUGGCCUACUAUCCCCCAGGAGAAGGACUGGUCCGUUCUCCUGGAGUCGUAGGCCAUCUUGGAUGGGACCUCCUAAAGCAGUGUCCUCCAAAUGGGAGGGUUAGGCAUUAUCAUCCAAAAUGUGUUCCAGCACUCUCCUGCCGAACGCUGUUUCGGCAGCCAUCCACGAACUUAAUUUAUAAUGUUUGACAAACGUGGAUGGAUUGGACCAAAUAGCUGCCUUGCAUAUAUUCUUCACUGAGACACUUUUCCUAAAGUCUGCAUUAGCCAUGCCCCUCACUGAGUGGACCGUGAUCCCAGAUGGGAUUGGUAGACUGAGCACCUUGUGGGCUUCGAUGAUGCGGGCUUUCAGUGUGGAACUUAUAGAGGCUACUGACAUUUGCUGAUCUAGGUUGGGAUUGGAAAUAUUUAUGAACAAAGAAUCUGUCCGGCGUAUGGUGUCAGUUCUUAUUAUGAAGGCUUUAAAAGCCCUUCUUGCAUCCAAAUUGUGCCAAAGCUUUUCUGUUGGUCUAGAUGGUUUGGGGUAAAAACUAGGUAUGACUAUCUCCUGUCUGUUGUGGAGGACGGAGCUGGCUUUAGAUUUAAACGUGGGGUCGGUACGUAGAACUACCCAGUUGGGAUGAAAGACACACAGAUUUGCGUUGAUUGAUAAGGCUCUUAGCUCCGACACUCGUCUGGCUGAGGUGAUAGCUACCAGGAAAAGAGUUUUCAUCUGUAGCCAUUUUAAAUGAAUUGUUUGAACUGGCUUGAAAGGAGUCUUGGAGAGCGUGGAUAAGACAGUGUGGAGACGCCAGGACGGAAAUAUGUGGACCAUAAUGGGCUGGAUUUGACGGACUCCGCGUAAGAAACGUAUCACGUCUGGAUGUCUUGAGGCUGGAAGUCCCUCGAAGAUGGGCCACACAGUGGACAAUGCUGCCACUUGCCUUCUCAAUGUAGCACACUUCAGACCCUUGUCGAAACUGUGCUGUAGAAAUUCCAGUAUCGAGGAUAAGCGAGGAUUGGUUGGGUCAACUUCCUUUGACCUGGACCAGUCUACAAAAGUCCUCCAGGUGGCAUUAUAAAUUCUGGUGGUCGCUGGGCGCCUUGAAGCCAACAAGGUAUUUGUCACUUGGUCCGAAUAACCCUUUCAUCUUAGGGAUUCCCUUUCAACCGCCUUGCAGUCAGUCUGAACCACUCGACGCGUGGGUGACAUACUGGACCUUGGAGGAGUAGGUCACGUCUGUGCGGUAGCUGAAAUGGGGGCUUGGUUGCCAACUCCUGGAUCACCGAGAACCAUGGCUGUUUGGGCCAGAAUGGUGCGAUUAAGAUCACUUCUGCCCGUGAUAGCAUGACCUUCCUGAGGAACCUCAGUAGAACUGGAAUGGGAGGGAAGGCAUACAAUAGACCCUGAGGCCACUGGGCUGUUAGCGCAUCUGUGUCGUAGGCUGUUGGUCGAAGAACCAAGAGAUGAACUUCGGUACCUGUCUGUUGUCCUUGGUGGCGAACAGGUCUAUGGUCGGGUGGCCGAACCUCUGUACGACUGCCUGGAAUACUUCUGUGUCUAGCCUCCAUUCUGCGAAUGACACCCGCUGAUGGCUCAGCCAAUCUGCCAUCACAUUCAGUUUUCCCUGGAUGUGUUCCGCCUGUAGGGAUGAAAGGUUCGUUUCUGCCCAGGUCAAGAUCUUGUGGACCUCCUUGCAUAGUCUUGACGAUCUGGUGCUGCCCUGGUGAUUUAUAUAUGCCUUAGCGGUGAUGUCUGUUCUUAUUAAGACGUGACGUUGGUGAAUGAUCGGAUGAAGUUUCUGAAGCGCCAGGAACACUGCCCUGAUCUCUAGAAGAUUGAUGGGAAGGCUGGACUCCUGGGAUGACCACUGACCUUGGACAAAAUUCCCUUCCAGGGUGGCCCCCCAGCCCGAGAGGCUGGCAUCCGUGAAUAUCUGGAGGCGAUCUGGCAGAAUGUACGCCUUGCCUUGCAUCAGGUGUGGACGCGACGUCCACCACGAUAGGUCUGAUUUGAGACGUCUCGGGAGGACCAACGUGUGGUUGUGCUUCUGGAUGAUGUCCGCUUGAUAAGGCUUCAACAACUGCUGUGGUGUUCUUGCAUGGAAUCUCCCCCACUGGAUGAGAUCGAAGGUUGCUACCAUGAGACCGAGUCGGCUGGUCAAUUGGAGAAGCUGGUAGGUUCUGCUGCGACGAACUGCACUCACCACGCUCUGAAUCUUGAUAACUUUCUCAUUGGUGAGAUACAGGUGGUUGUUGGACAUUGAUAUCACCGCUCCUAGGUGUUCCAUCUUGGUGUCUGAGGUCAAAGAGCUCUUCUCCAUGUUUAUCACAAACCCAUGGUUCUGAAAAACCUGUAUAAUGGUCUGGAUGUCCUGGAAUACUUCUGCACUGGAUCUGGACCUGAUAAGCUUGAGAAGGAUGACAGGUGCCAGGAAAACACACGGGGUGCUGUUGCCAGCCCAAAUGGCAAAGCCCUGUACUGGAAGUGGCAACUGUUGAUGGCAAAGCGGAGGAAUUUCCGGUGUGCUGGGUGGAUUGGGAUGUGGAGGUAUGCCUCCGUGAGAUCCAGGGACAAAAGGAAAUCUUGAUGUCUGAGGGCCUCUUCAAUCGUUCUCAACAUCUCCAUCCUGAAUUAGCGCAAUCUGACAUGGCGAUUGAUGUAGCACAGAUUCAGGAUGGCACGCCAGUCUCCAUUCCUCGUGGGAAAAAUGAAAAAAUGAGAAUAAACUCCCAUCUUCCUCUCGUUCUCUGGCACCUCUUCUAUGGCUUGAAUGUUGAUGUGGUGUUGAAUUCUUCCAUUGUUCUGUGUGCUUUCUCUGCUUGUUUUGAGAGAGGAGACAAGAGGAAUCGGGGCUUUGGGAAUAGUUUGAACUUGAUUGAGUAACCCUGAGACACCACCUCAUGGGUCCAGUCGUCCGCAUGGUCAGGUGUCCAUACUCUGCUGAAGUGCUGAAGGCGCCCCCCGACUGGAAUGCUUGGAUAGUGAGGUUCUGGCGGGUUUGUCGGAAGAGAACUUUCCUCCUCUGCCUUAUGGGCGAAAGGACGAGCGCCCACGAAAUGGUUGCUGGUUUUGCCAUUGUCAUUUGUCAUUCCAAGACGUCUGUCUUGUGUCUCUGUUGAACCUAGGAAGGGUACGCUGGGAACGAAAGGUGGUUCUGUUUUGCUGUUGAGGAGAAGUUGACCUGACACUUUUGGGUAGAGACUUCUUCUUGUCCUUUCCUUCGAUCAGAAUCCUGUCUAAAUCUUUCCCGAAGAGCAUAGUGCCAUGAGAAUCAAAACCUGCUACCACAACCUUGGAGUGUGGGUCUACUACCCAGGGUCUCAGCCAGGCAUUACAUCUGGCAACUACCAUGGCCGCCAUGGAGUUUGAGGCGAAGGACAUUGCGUCGAAGGUGGCAUUGGCCAUGAAGGAAUUCGCCUUUAGGAGGCGUUCCAGUCCUCCUUUGAUUCCUAGCUGUUCUGGAAGGAGCAUGUCGAUGAGGCGUUUGAUCCAGACCAGUGAUGUGUGUGCCAUAAUAGAAGAGGGUACGGAAUCCUUGACUGAGUGAGCCAUCCACUCAUGCGCGCGGUGCAAGGCCAUGUCUGAUCUUUUAUCUAGGGCAUCCCUGGGCGAACCCUCCCCUUCCUUAGAAACAGCUCCCCCAUACUUAAGUUAACUAUGGUGGCGUCGACUAGAGGGACCAGCAUGAGAUUACUGAAGUACUCGUUUACCACAUAGAGUCUUUUGGCUACGGCCGGGAAGCCUUUGCUUAAGGGGGGGUUUGACCAGUCUUUCUUAAUUCUAGUUUCAAACAUUUCAGGUAUGGGAAAGCAACAGGCACAUUCCUGUUCUGCUGGAAAAUAAGCCGUACUGCCUUUUGGAUGUCCCUGAUGGUCUUGCUGGAACAGGGUUCUGACCCAGGUGGUUCCUGGGCGUCCUCUGUGUCCCGUAGUUCCAAGGCCUCUAUUGCCUUGGUCAGGAGCAGUGGUAGGUCCUCUGAUAUGAAUAACCUGGGGGACUGCUCGGCAUCAUCUGCCUUGGAGUCCUCUGCGUCUGAAAAGUGCUCCUGAUAUUCCAUGAUUUCUUCCUCACUGAGAGACUCAUCUCCUGGGAAAGAAAUUGGAUGUCUGGCAGCGAACUUUCCACUGGAGGGCAGGGCUACCAUUGGAGAGACUGAGCGAGCUCUAAUAUUGCCUGAACUGCCAAUGGGAAAUUGUGAGCGGCCCCCAGUGGCUGUCUGGGGAUUCUGAUUUCUGCUUCUACUAUUGGCUCCCUCCAUAGCUGCCUGCACAGUUCUAGAUAAGAGUUGUACAAAAUCCUGUAGGGAAAAACCUUGCUAGCCUCCCAAGGUGCUAUCUCCGGGCCUUUGCACCCUGUUCAGGGUCUGGGUUUCCAUUUCCCCCAUGAUAGAAAGAUCUUGCCUGAGCUCUGGGAGCGUCGACAGUGGAACGUCAGCCAGAGCGGAGUCUCCCACUGCGGUGGCGACUGGAGCCGUUUGUAGCAGGCUGGUUGCGGGGAGAACCGGUGACGCGCUCGGUGAGGCAGCCAAAUAAUUUUCUGUCUGCCCACUGCCAGAGCGGGAAAGUAGCGCCACUUGCAUCGUCGUUUGGUUUGCGAGCGUGUUGGGAGCGGACUCCUGAUGCGCACGUUUUCUGUACCCCCUCGGUUCUUCGCCUCGCCUCUCGGCAACCAACUGGUUGUGGAGGCGGGAAUCGGUGCCCGACUCAGAGCUAGCCGACCAACUGCCUGAGUGGGAUGUAAGGUUUCAGCUCCGUGCUGACCUCGUUCCCUCUGCCGCCAAUUUGGAGAAACUUUCCCUCAGGGGAAAGAAAGAUUGAGCGGCCAUUGAGGUGAGGGCGAUUUUUGGCGCCAAAAGGCACCCCUGCUCCUACGCACCUCCCUCCUUCUUAAAAAAAACUACAGCCAAGAGGGAAGGGUUUAAGACAAACAGAACACAGGAGGACAACACAAAAACAAA